GCCUCUGCUUAACAAUGACUGCCAGACACCUCCUCCAAGCUUUCAUAGUAAUAGCCUGCUCUCUUCCCCUCUGCCAAUGUGCCCCGGCAAGUGGCCGCGUUCAACUCCCUUCUUUGCUCGACGCGACGCUUGAUGAGCUGCAGUCGGGCCUCAAUGCCGGGCAUUUCACCAGCGUGGACUUGAUCCGGGCCUACACCGCCCGAAUCGGCCAAGUCAACUCGCGACUACACGCCGUCAACGAGAUCAACCCGGAUGCUGUUUCCAUCGCCGCACAUCACGACUCGCUGAGAAGUUCUGGAAACCUCAUCGGCCCGCUCCAUGGCAUCCCAGUCGUGGUUAAGGACAACAUUGGCACGGCCGACAAGAUGAACAACACGGCUGGGUCGUUCGCGCUUCUCGGCGCCGAGAUCCCAGAGGACAGCACCGUUGCCCGCAAGCUCCGCGAGGCUGGCGCCAUUGUGCUCGGCAAGGCCAAUCUCUCGCAGUGGUCCGGUGCUCGUGGCGAGAUCACGCAGGGCUGGUCGGCGUAUGGCGGGCAGUGUAUCGGCGCCUAUUAUCGCGACAUGGACCCCGACGGCUCUUCGUCUGGCAGCGGCGUCGCGGCCUCGACUGGCCUGGCCUGGGCGGCACUGGGGACUGACACCUCUGGUUCGAUUGCAGAUCCGUCGAGCAAGCAUAACUUGGUCGGAAUCAAACCCACCACGGGGCUGACGUCGCGGUAUCUCGUCGUUCCCAUCUCGGAGCACCAGGACAGCGUUGGGCCAAUGGCGCGAACCGUCAAGGAUGCCGCUUAUUUGCUGGCGGCCAUUGCCGGACCCGACGAGCACGACAAUUACACGUCUGCGUCGCCGUUUGGAGAUCGAGUGCCGGACUAUGUGGCCGCUUGCAAGGGCAACGGCCUGCGUGGGAGGCGGAUUGGCGUCCCUCGGCACAUGUUGCAACUGUGGUCGGACAAACCCAGUGAUUAUAUGCUUGAGAUAUUCGAUUCUGCGCUGGACGUCUUGCGGGCUCAGGGCGCUGAAAUUGCAGACGACAUCGUCCUGCCUGGCGCGGUGGACUUGCUGAACAGCAAAUAUAGCCCCUUUGUCACGGGCCCAGACCUGAUGGUCGACAUACCUCGGUACUUUUCGCAGCUCAAAACGAACCCCAACAACAUCACUACCAUGAUUCAGCUACGCGAAUUCAUCCAAAACGAUGCUCGCGAAGGGUACCCCGAGAAAAACACCGCGUCUUGGGACAGGGGCAUCCGCAGAGGCUACGAUAAUACCUCGCCAGCGUGGUGGGCAAACUACAAGGCCCAGGCAGAGCUCGCCGGCCCUCGGGGAAUUGCCGGCGCGGUGGACAAGUACUCGCUCGAUGCUAUCGUCCUGCCCACGGAAUAUCUGAGCAAGCUUGCGGCUCCUCUAGGCAACCCGGUCAUUUCAGUCCCUGUAGGACGGACGCCCGACGACACGCCUCUGGAGAAGAACAAGUUUGGGACUUUGAACAUCAAGGGCCCGAACCAGCCGUUUGGGCUGGGAUUCACGGGCGCGCGGUUUAGUGAGGAGAUACUCGUUGAGAUUGCGUAUGCUUUUGAGCAGGCGACAAUGGUGCGCAAGACGAUUGUUCCUUAUAUCCAGCCCAAGACGGAGCUGGAGGACAUUGUGGGAAAGAGAGAGGAUACGAAUGGGGAGUUGGAGUUGUAGAUGAGUGGCGACUACUCUAGACAAGCC